GAAUGAGGUAAUGCAAAACAAAGGUGUGGGUGUGUUAGCUAGCUGCAGAGAUGGGGUUCUUUGAUGAUCUGAUGACAUGGUUUGGAUUCAAGAAGAAGCAAGCUAAGGUGUUGUGUGUGGGUCUGGACAACAGUGGAAAGACCACCAUCAUCAAUCAGCUCAAACCAGACACAAGCAAGUGUCAGAACAUCACUCCCACUAUAGGGUUCAGUGUGGACAUCUUCACCCAUGCCAACCUUUCAUUCACAGUGUUUGAUAUGUCUGGUCAGGGGAGGUACAGAGGUCUCUGGGAGCACUACUACAAGGAUGUCCAUGCUGUUAUGUUUGUGGUGGACUCGAGUGACAAGCUGAGAUUACCAGUGGCUAAGGAUGAGCUGGACCAGCUAUUAGCACACCCAGAUGUGGCUGGUAGACACCUGCCUAUACUCCUGUUGGCCAACAAGUCUGACCUGAGGGAAUCUCUCAGUCAUAUACAAUGCUCCAAACACUUGGAGCUGGACAAACUGAGAGAUACAGCUUAUCAUAUAUGUUCUACAAAUGCUUUGACAGGAGAUGGUUUAGAGGAUGCUGUAUCCUGGUUGUCAGAGCAAGUCCGGAGCUGGCAGACCAAACAAUCAUAACACUAGCUACUAGCCAUCAUUAAUAAUAAAUUGUUGUCAAACUUUGUCACUUUAAUAUUAAACGUACUAAGAAAAAGAAAAAGUUUGUUAUUGUCA